AAUACUUAAUCCGGAAUCCGGCGGACUCAAAUGAACGAUUGUGCAUUAUCUUGGCAUACGAUCCAGCGUCUAUCUCUCGCCGAUACUAUUACUCACGUCUCGAGGGUUCUCUGCCGACGACCAUCUCGCAUUGAUAACCGCCGAAUCGUCUAGAGCAGCGACAUCUGUUGUAACCGAUGCAGUGCCCACCGUUCUGACAGGGUAUAGCGCAUUUGCUGAACUCGCAGCGUUUGCCGAAGUAACCGCGUCCACACUGACAAAUAUCUUUCUGUACGCACUUUCCCCCGUUCAAACACGGAAGCUCGCAGAUCCCUGUGAGUGAAGAAUGUUCGAUUAAGAUGGAUUCUAAUGCGCCAUGGAAUUCGUUUCCAGGUUAACAAGAUGCUGUCCCAGGUGCUACGAAGUUCUCUUUUCUCUGCUCAGAGCCUACCCCCCUUUAGAGCCCGGAGCUUCGCUGCCGUCGCGCGGCACCAACAAGAGAAACGUAGAGAAUUGUUCGACCGAGUUAUCAGAGUCGAUCAUGCAGGGGAAUACGGGGCGGAUAGAAUUUACGCCGGCCAAAUGACGAUAUUAGCAAAUUCAGGAGCCGGUGAGACCAUUCAGCACAUGUGGGAGCAAGAAAAAGAACAUUUGCGGCUGUUCAAUGAUCUGAUCGACAGACAUAGAACUCGACCCAGUGCUCUCCUGCCCAUUUGGAACGUGGCCGGUUUCGCCCUCGGAGCGGGAUCGGCUCUGCUCGGAGAAAAGAUGGCAAUGGCUUGUACUAUAGCCGUGGAAACAGUGAUCAUGGAGCAUUACGACACCCAAAUGAAAGCGCUCGAAGUGGAUGAUUCCGAUGAGGGCAAGGAGCUGUUGGAGAUAAUAAAAAAGUGUCGCGACGACGAAGAACAUCAUCACGACCUGGGAAUCGAGCAUGAGGGAAUGGACGCUCCGCUAUACUCGAUCGCAACGUGUGCAAUAAAAACAGGAUGUAAAAUAGCGAUCGCAAUCGCUGAGCGAGUUUAGAGUGAAUAACGUUUUCAAUAAAUAUGAAUAGUCCUCUCAGA